AUGUCAGCCGCUUCCAUUCGCCGUCUAGCCGCCGGAGCCGCUGUAAUUGCCGCUGCAUCCGGUGGCGCUGUCUACCUUGCACCGUCGGUUGCCUCCAGCGACAGAGGCGGUGGUCCGAUUCUAGAUUCAUUGAGGCGUAGGAUUGGUGAUCCCUCCGCUUCCGUGCCGUCUCGAUCUGCUCAAGAGUCUGUUCUGAUUGGAGCCAGCUCCUCUAAUCCGCUCGAUGUCCUCGUCAUUGGCGGUGGAGCCACCGGCUCUGGAGUCGCUCUCGACGCUGCUACUCGUGGCCUCCGUGUUGGUCUGGUCGAACGAGAGGAUUUCUCCUCCGGGACGUCUUCGCGAUCAACAAAGCUAAUUCAUGGAGGUGUUCGUUACUUGGAGAAAGCUGUUUUCAAUCUUGAUUAUGGACAGCUGAAGCUUGUAUUUCAUGCGCUCGAGGAGCGCAAACAGCUCAUUGAGAACGCGCCGCAUCUCUGCCAUGCUCUGCCCUGUAUGACACCAUGUUUCGACUGGUUCGAAGUAGUCUACUUCUGGAUGGGAUUGAAAAUGUAUGACUUGGUCGCAGGACCACGCUUGUUGCAUCUCUCCAGAUACUACUCUGCAAAAGAGUCCGCUGAGCUCUUCCCCACUCUUGCAAUGAAAGGGAAAGAGAAGAACUUGAGGGGCACUGUGGUGUAUUACGACGGGCAAAUGAAUGAUUCGCGUGUGAAUGUGGGUUUGGCAUGUACUGCCGCGUUAGCUGGUGCUGCAGUUCUCAACCAUGCCGAGGUUGUAUCGCUUAUCACAGACGAUGCUACUAAGAGAAUAGUUGGUGCUAGGGUUCGUAACACUCUCACAGGCAAAGAAUUUGACAGCUAUGCAAAAGUAGUUGUGAAUGCGGCUGGACCGUUCUGUGAUUCCAUUAGGAAGAUGGUUGAUGAAGAUACAAAGCCAAUGAUAUGUCCAAGCAGCGGUGUGCACAUUGUGCUGCCUGAUUACUAUUCUCCAGAAGGGAUGGGAUUGAUAGUCCCUAAAACUAAGGAUGGUCGCGUUGUGUUUAUGUUGCCGUGGUUGGGACGAACAGUAGCUGGGACUACAGACUCUAACACGUCAAUCACUGCGCUUCCAGAACCUCAUGAAGAUGAGAUUCAAUUCAUACUGGACGCAAUCAGCGACUAUCUUAACAUUAAGGUUCGACGUACUGAUGUUCUUUCGGCUUGGAGUGGUAUCCGUCCAUUGGCGAUGGAUCCAACAGCGAAGAGCACAGAGAGUAUCUCGAGAGACCACGUUGUCAUCGAGGAAUGUCCUGGUUUGGUUACAAUCACAGGUGGAAAAUGGACGACUUAUCGAAGCAUGGCGGAAGAUGCGGUUGAUGCAGCAAUCAAAUCGGGAAAGCUGACUCCAACAAAUGAAUGUGUGACACAGAAGCUACAGCUUCUUGGUUCUUACGGAUGGGAACCAUCUUCAUUCACAGUUCUUGCACAGCAGUACGUGCGCAUGAAGAAAACCUACGGUGGUAAAGUGGUUCCUGGAGCUAUGGACACAGCUGCUGCAAAGCAUUUGUCUCAUGCCUAUGGUUCAAUGGCUAACCGAGUCGCCACCAUUGCUCAGGAGGAGGGUUUAGGGAAACGGUUGGCGCACGGGCAUCCGUUUUUGGAAGCAGAGGUUGCGUACUGUGCAAGGCACGAGUACUGCGAAUCAGCGGUUGAUUUCAUAGCGAGGAGGUGUAGAAUCGCGUUCUUGGACACAGACGCAGCGGCGAGGGCGUUGCAGCGUGUGGUGGAGAUUUUGGCGAGUGAACACAAGUGGGACAAGUCGAGGGAGAAGCAGGAGCUGCAAAAGGGGAAAGAGUUUCUUCAAACUUUCAAGUCCUCCAAAAACGCACAGUUUCACGAUGGCAAACACAAAUAG